AGCCUCAGCCCCGGAGCGGCGAGCGCCGGGUGACGAGCUCUCCACAGGCCACUGUCAGAGACAGGAUCCUGGGCCAGAUGUUCCUAGAUCUGACCCAGUCCAGCAGCUCUGGUGCUCUUAGAAGCACUGUUUGUGGAGCAGCACUGAGGGGUUCAAACACCGAACCAGGCUGUAGACACCAGCAGGUCUCUUCAAUGACUGACAACGCUGCCAACUCCUGGGGUUGAAAACCCACCCUGCUUACACUGAACCAGAUUAAAUGCAGUAGCUUGUGAUGACCCUUCUGUGUGCAAAUCCCAGUCAGGAAACUUCAUCCUGCUCUGAGCCGUGGGGCUGCACAAACACCUUCAGGGAGAGGCGAGGGCGGCGGGAUGGCCGGGGAAGGUUUCCUGCAGCGGUUUUACAAUGACAACGUGUUUGUGCGAGGGGACGAUGAAGACUUUUGCGCAUGGAGGAGCUAUGAGGUGGUGGAAAAGACGGUGGCCAAGCUCGUGGAGUGGCUGUAUCAGAGCACCACCGGCCUGUACCCCGAGGGUGCCCAGCCCAUGGGGAGCCACCAGCAGGAGCUGCAUCUCCAGAGCCGUGACAGCGCCAGUGACUUCGACUUUCUCAUCCCGCUGCGCUUCCAUCCUGAACUCCGGCUGCGGGGCCGCAGGACGGUCUGGGACCCGAGCGCCAUUGACCGGCGGCUCCCCACCUACAUCUACGGGGCCCAAGGGGUCUCGCUGUUCCGCUGCGGGAGCAGGUUGGUGGUGGAUCUGGACACCCUGAGAGCGGACGGGGCGACUGCCUACUGCGAUGAACCGGCCCCGCAUACAGGGAACCCCAAGGCAGGAGAGAGAGAUCGAUUCAAGGAAAGCAUCGACAGUCACCACUUGGAUCCUGUCCGCAUCCUGCAGGACUUCCACAGAUAUGUGCAAAAUGCUCUGACUGCAGAUGAAAACAGCCACCCCAGAGACAACGACCCAGUGUUCCAAGCAAGAAUGAUCAAACCUAGAGUGCCUCAGAUUCAUAAAUCAAUAAAAGAGAGAAUCACACUGAAGCCUUGGGACCCUAAAUGCCCAGCUGUGCAGCUGAUUUUCCGGCUGGGCGAGGAGGAGCUAGUCUCUGUGGAUCUGGUCCCUGCUGUCCAGAAUAAGGUGGUGUUGUCUGAAGACUGGCAGAUAUAUGACCUGGCCAGACUGUCCGACUGGUGGGACAAGGAGCCGAGCAAUAGCCAGGAAAGAUUCCGCCAGAAGGGAGAGCGAGUUGGGAGAAUCGGUGCUGACAUAGUGGCCAAAGAUGGUUUCUGGAGGUUCUCUUUUGCUAUGCCGAGACAGCUUUUCUCCGGGGACAUCGACAGUGAUGGGGGGCAGCGACGGAAAGCUCUGAGACUCCUGAAGUUCAUAAACAAGGAGUGCUGGGUCCCAGAAUAUGGCAAGAUAUUGACGUCUUACCACCUGAAGACCGUUCUUCUGUGGGCCCAAGAUAUUCACCCAGAGACAGAGAAAUGGGAGGACCCUGGAGUCAUCCCUGAAGACCCUUCUGAGCCUCCUAUGUCCACUGCGUGAACAAGGAAAGCUCCCCCACUAUUUCCUGCUGACUUUAACCUCUUCAACAAGCACUACAGGGAAGGUAACGGGUUCUAUGAGCACCUGGCCUUCCAGGUUUCAACAAGGAGGGGAGCUGUUGGAGGUGAAUCCAGCAGACUAUAUAUUCCUGAGAGUCCCCAAGAAGGAUUCCGAGUGUUCUGGGGCCUCCAGCCGAGCAGAGACAUCUCUCCAGGGAUUUAAUUCAAGCCACCUGAAGAAGCUGAAGGAGUUGGAGGAGAAACAACUGUAUGAGUGGGAAGAGGAAGAGCCAGGUAACAAGAAUGUAACAGCCUAGCCAGUCCAAGGGAGGGAACAGGUUGAGCCCUGAAGGAUUUAACAGAAGAGCAGAUCCCGGCUGUAGGAUUGUGCUGGAAGCAGCCACAGCCAUACCUAGAAUGAGAGAAACGUGUCAUCUGAGUGAGCUGGUAAACUACACAUGCAUCACCAGUUUGACUUGAAAAUUGCUGAGCUCCAUGGGGGCCAGGUUGGGUUAGUGCUGAAAAUUUCAUGUUUUUUCCCUCAAAUAGAUAGCCCCUCCCCCCUGCCUUCACUUUUAAAAUUUCUCCCAUUCUUAUCAUGGGUCUGUUCUGGGUGAAGCGGGCAAAAUACUCAGGGCAUAGUGGAUGUGACAUGGACUAACAUUCAGUAAUUAAAAAGUUACUGGGCUGUGGGAUCUGGCUUUGAGAUUGACACGCACCAGCCAAUGAUCAUAAUGUGCCACCUACAGAGCCACUCAGGCUGGUGUAGCUGGGAGUCCAUCCCCCCCCACAGCAAAUGCCCCACAACCCCUCCCACAGCGCCCCCAAUGGGAGAGUAUCACGAGUCAUGGAGGCACUGCUCUAGAAUGCCCCACAUGAAGCCAGUCAGGGUCCUGGGGCACCGUGCUUACUUUCGGUGAGCACAUUGUCACUAGGGGUAAGGAGCUUACACAGCUUCGUCCUUCCUGAGUUUGACCUUGGAGCAUCCAGCAUCCCCGUCCACACCGUUUGCUUCUCGCAGCCAGUCUGCCCUGGUGGGACUCCUGGGGAAGCCAGGGGGCCCUGCACCCCAACUCCAUAGUCACACGUGACUGAACCAGCAUUGUUAAAAUGGAAAGUUUAUUAGACGAGAGGAACACAGAGUAGAACAGGACACGGUUAGCCACAGAAAUCAGUGACUUUCAGCCUAAUCCAUCUUGGGAGGAGGGGAGCCCAGAGCCAGGGCUCUGGCCCUCCCCUGCGCUCUAGGCCAGCCGAGACUGACCCGCUUUCAGCUGCCUGACCCUUGCCUCUGUCCAUUGCUCCUCCUCCUGUCUUGUCUGCUUCCUGGGCAAAAGGUUUUCACCUGGUCACAUCCCCCUCCUAGGCUCCAGUUAGAAGGGGACAGCCAAAGCACAGGUGCAGCCAGCAGGAGCAGCCCCUGCAAAAGUCACACCUUAUUACCACAAUCUAGACAUUGGUGUAAUAUCCAGGGAAACUGAGGCACACACAGUAUUCAUGCAAAACAGUAAGAUUCACAUAGGCUCACAUACAACAUAAGAUGAAUAAAACCCCACUUCAUCACAUCUUCCCCCCUUCGAGACCGAACUGAGUGGGGUCACUUUAGCCAGUGACCUGGGGAGGUUUGGGACCCCCUCUCUGGGACAAAGCAUCAGCUAUAAUAUUGGCACUCCCCUUAACAUGGGCCACCUCCAUCUCAUAUUACUGGAGGGACAGACUCCACCUCAGGGGCUUGGUAUUGGCCCCUUUCAUCUGGUACAGCCACGGCAGGGUGAGUGGUCAGUGUACACAGUGAAGUGCUGCCUGAAUAGAUCUGGGUAUGGCCUCUUAAGAGCCCAGCCCAGGCAUAGCCCGGGGCAGCAGCUUCCUGCUCAGGUACAGGAUGGGGUGUUUCUCCUCCUUUCCAUUAGUGUGUGUCGACACCACACCCAGCCCUGUGGCUGGCACGUCAAUGAACACCAUCAAGGGCUUGUCAAAGUCUGGGUUUCCCGGCACCGGGCCCUUGACCAGAGCCUCCUUCAGCAUGCAGAGAGCCCUCUGGCACUGCCCAGUUCAGACCAGCUUGCCUGGCUCACCCUUCUUAUAUAGCUCCGUGAUGGGAGCUGACACAGAGUUAAAGUGGGGCACAAACCUCCGGCAGUGCCUUGCCAUCCUGAUAAAGGCCUGGGCCUGUUUCUUAGUCUAGGAAGCAGGCCACACUCUGAUCGUCCCUACCUUGGCUGGCUCUGGCUUUAGACAGCCACUCCCCACCUUGUAGCCCAUGUACGACAUCCCCACCUGGCACUUGCCAGCUUUUACAGUCAGCCGUGCAUGCUGGAGGUGACCCGGCCCCUUCUUUCUGGGACAUGUGGUCCUCCCAGGUAUGGCUAACAAACCAAAUAUCAUCAAUGUAUGCUAUGGUAAAGUUCUCCAUCCCAUUCAGUAACUGAUCCACCUGGCGCUGAUAGGUGACCGGCACCUCCUUGAAGCCAAAAGGUAGAACCAGGGAUUGGACAUAUAUAGAUUCACUGACAAACACCUUUGUUAAGAUUGUCCAGGGACAGCUCAUGCCCUUCCAGAACUGAGUUCAUCAAAACUCAAACUUGUGCAAGCCAGAAAAUAUGGAGUUAAGGUAAAUGCCCAGCACCACCUUAACUCUGCCCUGCCCCCGAGCUUGCAAUAGCCACUGGGAAUUAUCCACAUGCCCCACAGCUGUGUUUACUGCGAUAGGUGGCGCUGUACUGAAUGGGGGAGGGAGCAGAUGGAGCUGCUUGGCAGAGCUGUGAUUGGGAUAUGAGACUUUGGGGGCCCUGCCUCUCUGAGGGUAUCUGAGCCCCUCUCCCUGCCCCCUCCCCCCUGUGCAAUCAAAAGAAAAAGGUGCAUGCAGACCUUGGGAUAUCCGCUACCCCUCGUUUCAGAGCGGCAUUGUGCAGGCUGUGGCACUAGCAGGGCACAAGGGGUGUCUUGCCAUGGGGACUGUCAGCGGCGAGGUGAGUGAUGAGCGAGGUCUGUGGGUUUAAUGAAGGGGGAGUGAAAGCAUCAUCGUGCAUAAAGGGGAAGGGGCUGUAAAAGUGAUUUUGUGCAAUUAGCAGCUCGGUGUCCUUUCUACGGACAGGCUCCAUGUCUGAGUGUAGGGCGGCCGUAGGGAGCUCCUGCGCUGUACAGGUCAAAGGCAGGGUGUGAAUGUGGGCAUUAGGGACAUAUUGGGGCAUCGCUCAAAGAGGGCAGAAUUAAGGUUGUGUUGGGCAUUUACCAUAACACUGUAUUCCCUGAGGUUCCAAAGCUCAAGUGUUGCUGAGCUCGACGUUCCAGAAGGGCACGAGCUACCCCCGGGCAACCUUUACUCUGCAUUCACAAUGUUUUUUGUCAGUGAAUUUCCUAAUUUUUUUGAACAGAAAGAAAAUGUUGUUGCCAGGAGCUAGUGCUCCUUGAGGCAGCUGCAAUUCUCAUGUCGGUGACCAGUUCAGAUGCUCCUGUGAAUUCUUACACAGCACUUUUCACCAGUAGCUCUCAAGGAUGAAAACAUCAUUAUCCCCAUUGUACAGAUGGGGAAACUGAGGUGUGAAGUGACUUGGCUAAAGUCAUCCCACAGGCCCAGGGCAGAGCUAGGAAUAGAGGCCAGUUUUCUGAGUCCCAGUCCACUGCUCUCUCCACUCAGCCAGAUAGUGCCUAUGUUAUUCUUAACUGUCCCCCUACCUCCUGCACACUGUUCUCAUGGGAUAAUGGCCAUGUGUUGCAAUGUUUGCAGUGUGUAGAUGCUAACAGGGCUGAUGAGGGAAACCUCAUCCAUGAUCUAGUUCCCAAAAGCUUGAUGGUUUUAUUACGUCAGUACUACGGUGCCGUGAAGCAUGUGAGAGAAAUGCUGUGUCUCUCUCCUCCCCCACCACCCCAACAUAUAGGCCCCCCCUAAUAUUUCCAGCUCCCCUUUCCAUUCAGCCAUCAGCAUUUAACACUCCAGGGCUCAGCAAAUCACAGGCAGAAUCUGUGAACUUGAAGCCAGGUUGUUUUUGGCUGGAUCUCGGGAACCCGUUGGUCAAAUGUCCACAAGUCUGGAUCCUCGACCGCAGCCCGUGCCGCCGUGGGGCCCACCCAGUGCCCAGGCAGUCUGAGCAGCAGCAUGGAGUUUAGGCACUGAGAACAACUGAGCUUUAAUUAGAGCUGGACUGGCCACUAACGACAGCAGAGGGUUCAGCUAUAAUAGGCACCAACUGUGACGUCUCAGAACACCUCGCAGUCAUCAACGGGUUUAUCCUCAUGAUGCCUUGGGGAGGCUGGGCAGGGCAAGAGCCCCCAUUGUACACAUGGGGAAACUGAGGCAGAGACAGUCCACAUGACAUGAUCAAGGUCACAUAGAGAGUCUGUGGCAGAGCCAGGAGCUGAACCCAGGAGUCCUCCGAGUCCCACAGCGACCGACUCCCCCAUCCAGCUUACCUGCCCCCACGUCUGUUCCUGGUCUCGGGGCAUUUCUUCCCAUGGUUUGUUCAUGUGCAGCGACGGGGGCUACAGUCUGUGUCAGGGUGCGUGUGUGUCUGUGCAGCACCUGGCGCGAUGGGGGCCCCAAUCUCAGUGUCCUUGAUUCGAUGCCCUGGCGGGCUGUGGGGCUGGGGCAGAUGGUUAUUGUACAGAGACAAUCACCACAGUAUCCCCCUGAGAGACCCCCAGUAUUUCCCCAACCUCCCUCCUCAGAGACCCCCAAUAUCUCCCACCUCAGAAACCUGCCAACAUCCCCCAUCAGAGACCCCCAAUAUCUCCCCAACCUCCCCUCUCAGAUAGCCCCUGACAUCCCCCAUCAGAGACCCAAAUUUCUCCCCCACCUCCCCCUCAGAGACCCCA